AGUUUACCAAGGCGGAGGCUGGGCUGAAAAAGUACGGAGGGAAGCUUUAAAGGGAGCUGUAAACUAAAGUUGCGAGCCUGGAGAGGAGGCGUUCAUCAUCAUCAUCAACACGCCACGACGAGAAAAUGGAGUUGUUUGAGGGUAGUCUCGCGAGCUCGGCUGUGGCCAUGGCUAUGACGAUGAUCAUACCCCUCGCUAGCUUCCCAGCUUCCAACCGCUGCCGUGUAUCGAGGCUUUUGUGAGUGGUGGUUCUUGUCUAGGAGGAGGACAUUUGGGGUGAUGAUUGUGUGGCGAGGAAGGGGACGAUGAGCAGGCGUUCAUCUGCCAACAGCUUUGGUUCUGGGUUUUGUUCGUUGGCGUGUGAUGUUGUGGCGGCUCAAUUAGGCAUUGGAGUUUGUCGACGAGGAGCAGAGAGGGGUGAGAGGCGAGUGUUUUGGAGUGGACGAGUGGUGUGUGUGGGGUUUUGAGUCGUAGGGACGAGAGGGAGAGAGAGCGAUUGAGAAAGGGACAGAGACAGAGACAGAGAGAGACUGGGACUUUUGAAGUACGAGGUACUUGACUUGGAGACGGAGACGGACACGAGAGGUUUGAGGUUUGGGGAAGGUGGCAGCGGAGGAGCGGGAAUUCGUUCCAUCGGAGUGUUUGUUUGGAGGUCAACAUGUGUCAGAAUUGGUGCAGUUGAUGGAGGUUUGAGAGUUGGACCGAGUCAGGGGUUUCGAGCCGCAGAAUUCGGAUCGCUGUGGUGCGUAAUCGGGUGUUGGCGUUUGCGUUGCGAUGGUUUGGUGUCUGCGGGCGUGAGAUUGGGCCGGGAGGAAUCCGGGCGUUUGUUGGGGGUUAGUGGCAUGUUGAUGGGGGCUGAAUGAAGUCGAGGUGAUUACUGGAUGGUGUAGAGCUCGUCGAUGGAAGACAUGAAGUCGUUCAUAGGAUUUGAAAAGUGAAGGGUACCGAGACCAAGGGCCUUAGAGGUUUGGAAUCGAAGACGAGGAUAUGGUGGGCGUAGACGAGAGCUUUGGAGGCGAGUCUGGUUUUCAUUCCGUCUACGUUGUGAUAUGGGCAUGGGUAUCGACAAUGAUGAUGAUGUUCUCUUUCUCGGCCUGUGCUUGGUACAGGCGACGCAUGCAGCGUCGCAGAGAAGUUUUUGCAUUCCAGCAAUAUUUGCGCAAGAAUGGUGUGUUCUCCGAGUUUUCUACAUCUCAAUUCGGCCUGGAUAGGUUUACAUGGCAAAAUUAUGGUGCUGGUGACUUAGCUGCGGCUAUUCAGUUGUCUAUGAAUGAUAAUCAGUCACCAAUCGUCGUCAAUAUACCCUCUGGCACCAUACCUGCUCCAGUGGUCAGGAUUGAUGCCUCACGUGCUCAGGAUGCCAGAGUCGCACCCGCAGCUGAUGUGCCCAGCAUCAAGUCCAUACAUGAGCUUAAGGAUCGCUUAAGCAUCGGAUCACUAUUCAAAAUGAAGCGUGACUGGCUGGCCAGAGAGCUUUCGAAGGGCAAGGAUGGUGGAAAGGGCGAGCCCUCUCCUGCGAGACAUGAGCGGAGGCUUUUGCAGAUUGUUGUGCGCAGAGACCAAGUUUUUCAAGACUCAUACUUGCAGUUUGUCUCUCUCAGUGAUGACGAUCUACGGAAUCCCUUAUCGGUUCACUUCGUUGGGGAGGUGGGGCGGGACGAUGGAGGUGUCACUCGGGAUUGGUACAGUGUGUUGGCUAAAGAGAUUUUCAAUCCGCAAUAUGCACUAUUUACUCACAGUGCAGUUGAUGACUACACGUUCCAGAUCAAUCCUAAUUCAGGAGUGAACCAAGAUCAUUUGGACUUUUUUCGAUUUAUUGGCACAAUUGUUGGCAAGGCUCUCUAUGAUGGAUGCCUUUUUGAUGCCCAUUUUACUAGACUUGUUUACAAACGUAUUCUGGAGAAACCAGUCACUUAUCACGACAUGGCUUCAGUGGACGUGCAGUUUUACAAGAGUCUUUGCUGGCUCCUUGAGAACAAAUUGGAAGGAAUGGACCUGGGAUUGACUUUUUCAGUGGACACUGAUAACUUUGGCGCAUACGAAGAGAUAGAGCUUAAGAAAGGUGGAAAAGAACUGGUCGUAACAGAACAAAACAAGCGGGAGUAUGUCGACCUAUUGGCAAGCUGGCGUCUAAGAGAGAGUGUUGAAAUGCAGUUUCAGGCAUUGCGGGCAGGGUUAUCUCGAGUUGUCGAUCCAGUUCUAUUACAGCACUUUGACGAGGCAGAGCUCGAGUGGCUAAUUGGAGGGCUGCCAACUAUCGAUGCGGCUGAUUGGAGGAAAAAUACUGUAUACAAGGCAGGAUACAGCGAUUCUCCGGAUUGUCGUGUAAUCAGAAGUUUCUGGGAGUUGGUUGAAACUUGGGACCAGGAAAUGCGGGCCAGGCUUUUGCAGUUUGUUACUGGCACAUCAAAGGUGCCAUAUCCAGAAGGUUUCAAGGGGUUGCGAGGUAGUGAAGGUUUAAGAAUGUUUCAUAUUGUUCGCGUGUCGGACUUUACAAGGUUGCCUCAGGCGCACACAUGCUUCAACGAACUCAUACUUCCCGACUACGACUCUAAGGAAGAAUUGCACAAGAACCUCAUCACCGCCAUAUUUGAGACAGGAAAUCAGUUUCAGCUUCGAUAGUGUCUGUUCACGAAGUGCUCGCCCCAGAUUUCAGUGAAGGAUUUAAAAGUUGGCGCGAUUUUAUGUAGUGCACUGUGUGAUGUUCACCUGCAGCUGGAUUCAAGACAUCCCGACAAUGAUCUCCAGCAAUCUCCAGCUGGAUUGAAGAUGCCCUUAACAGCCAGCGACGAGAGGUUUGCGGUUAGUUUGGACUUUGUAUGCUCUGCACCCGCGAGGGCUCCACUGCUCUCAACUGCUUCCUUCCUCUUUUCUCGUAUUUACAAACAUGUAGGCUGAUAGACGAAUUAUAAUGCCUGCAGGACGUCAAGUAUGAGAGCUUUCACUAACAAGUCCUAUUGUUGUGUUUGCAGUGGAGACUGCAAAUCUAUUGUCAGGUCCUAUUGUUGUGUUCACAUGCUAGGUCAGAAUAUGACAGGACUUGUCUUAUGCCGAAGGAGACUUGUUUCGGAGGGUUUAGAUGACAGUCACCACAACUCACCUUGUUCCUAAUCCAUCCAUGUACAUUGUCCGCCCAAAAGAUUGAUACAGUGUUUUUCUGCUCUUCCAUAUUUAUUCUCCGGAUUGUUCUUCCGGCUGUAGAUUUGAGUGAUUGGGAGGCACUUUACCAAGGUGUCACUCUUGAAAGCCAUAAGCGUAGUGCUUGGCAGAAUGUUAAUGAUGUUAUGUUGAGACCUCCCUUCUCGAGA